AUACAGACAGUAGAGAGAGAAGAGAGAACCAAGUACACUGACAGAAGCUAGGUAAUAUCUCUGCAACAAUUUAACAGAAACACAUAGACAAAGAAGGAAGAUAGUCUUUUAUAUUUCAACCAAUAGUGCUCUCCUUCUCCUUUUCUGUCAGAUUGAUUUCUCUCAAACCCCAUGAAUCAAUCUCCCCAGAAAAACCAGCUUUUAUUUCCUCCCUCCUUUUCUCCUCAAAGUCUUUAAGGCAGAUGCACCUUUUUACCUGUGAGUUACAGCGAGUAUCUUCUUUGCAACUCCGCCCAGAUUUUGUUGCCAAUUCAAUUCUCACACAGAAAAAGCCAGCAUUCAGUAGUGUGUUUGGCUGCGUCUGAUACACUCAGACAAGUCGUUCAGCUUACAGGUAAAACGAGGUAAAUCACUCUGUUUUUCACUGGCAAAUGGUAUUUGAGAGUUACAGAAAGCAGCCUUGAAAAGCUCUCAGGCUUUCUACAUUAUAAAUCCCAGACCAAAGUUUCUGUACAAGGUAGAUUUUCUCGGUAGCAAUGUUACCUCAGAAGCAAGCAGAGGAGGCCAUAGUGAACCAGAGCAUCAUUGAUCAAGAAGACAGAGACGAAGAAAUCCCAGAUCAUGAGAAGCAAACUGGUUUCAGCCUCAGCAACUUUCUCUGGCAUGGUGGCUCUGUUUAUGAUGCAUGGUUCAGCUGUGCAUCAAAUCAAGUUGCUCAGGUUCUGCUGACAUUGCCAUACUCCUUCUCUCAACUUGGUAUGCUCUCAGGCAUCAUAUUUCAAGUGUUUUAUGGCAUUCUGGGAAGCUGGACUGCUUAUAUCAUUAGUAUUCUCUAUGUUGAGUACCGAAGCCGAAAGGAGAAAGAAAAUGUUAGCUUCAAGAACCAUGUCAUCCAGUGGUUUGAAGUGCUAGAUGGUUUGUUGGGUCCAUCUUGGAAAGCAAUCGGGUUGGCCUUCAACUGUACUUUUCUCCUCUGUGGAUCUGUCAUUCAGCUCAUAGGCUGUGCAAGUAAUAUCUACUAUAUAAACGAUCAUCUGGACAAGAGGACUUGGACAUACAUAUUUGGAGCUUGUUGUGCCACCACUGUGUUCAUACCCUCAUUCCACAACUACAGAAUUUGGUCAUUUCUUGGUCUCGGAAUGACCACCUACACUGCUUGGUAUAUGACCAUUGCAGCUAUCAUUCAUGGCCAGGUUGAGGGUGUCAAACACUCAGGACCAGAUAAGAUGGUUUUGUACUUCACUGGCGCCACCAAUAUACUAUACACUUUCGGCGGACACGCCGUCACUGUGGAGAUCAUGCAUGCAAUGUGGAAGCCUCAGAAGUUUAAGUACGUUUAUCUGUAUGCAACCCUCUAUGUGUUCACCCUAACCCUUCCAUCUGCUACUGCUGUCUACUGGGCCUUUGGUGACCAACUCCUCACUCAUUCGAAUGCCUUCUCGCUCCUUCCCCGAAAUGCUUGGCGUGAUGCAGGCGUCGUGCUGAUGCUCAUUCAUCAGUUCAUCACUUUUGGAUUUGCCUGUACGCCGUUGUAUUUCGUAUGGGAGAAAGUGAUAGGAAUGCAUGACACAAGGAGCAUUUUUCUAAGGGCGUUUGCUAGGUUGCCGGUGGUGAUUCCCAUAUGGUUCUUGGCCAUCAUAUUUCCUUUCUUCGGUCCCAUUAACUCCGCUGUUGGAGCUCUUUUGGUCAGCUUCACCGUCUACAUCAUACCUGCUUCAGCUCAUAUGCUCACUUUCCGAUCUGCCUCUGCUCGAAAGAAUGCGGCAGAGAAGCUUCCCUUCUUCCUCCCUAGCUGGACUGGAAUGUACGUGGUGAAUGCAUUUAUAGUGGUGUGGGUGUUAAUAGUCGGGUUUGGAUUUGGAGGAUGGGCUAGCAUGACCAACUUCAUCAGGCAAGUCGACACUUUCGGGUUGUUUGCCAAGUGUUACCAGUGUCCACCGCGAGUCGCAGCUGCUCCACCGCCACAUCCAUUGCAACACUAAGCUCAGCUAAGCUCUCAUCGUCAAUUAGUACAUGGUGUGAUGCAUUUGUCUCAGCUUUUGUGUAGCCUUUAAUUAUAAAAUGUAGUUUUCUUUUGUGAAUGUGAAUGUUAAGUUUGUUUUAGAGUUCAGUCAAGCUGUUCUUGUUUGUGUUCUCUUUCAAGUAAUCAUGCUAAAGUAUCAAUGAUUAUUGUGGGUUUAAAUAUAAA